CCAUCAGCGCGGCUUUUUGGGGGGGCGCGGAGGGGAGGGUGGCGGAGGAGGGCCGGGGCUGGCCGCCGCCGAUCUGGCCCUAGAUGACUGCAGAAGCGCAGCAGGCUCUGUCCUCUCAGCCCCCUCCUCCUCCGGUGCAGAGCAGCUACGGCCCCAUGUCCUCCGUGGCCGAGAAGCAGCCGCAGAGCUCGGCCAUGGACGCCGCCUCCUCGGCGCCCGGCGGGGCGGCCGGCAGCGGGGCGGGCAGCGGCGGCGCCCCGGGCAGCGGCGGUCCCAAGGCGAAGAAGACGAACGCUGGGAUCCGGCGGCCGGAGAAACCGCCUUAUUCCUACAUCGCCCUCAUCGUCAUGGCCAUCCAGAGCUCGCCCUCCAAACGCCUGACCCUUAGCGAGAUCUACCAGUUCUUGCAGAGCCGCUUUCCUUUCUUCCGAGGCUCCUACCAGGGCUGGAAAAACUCGGUGCGCCACAACCUCUCACUCAACGAGUGCUUCAUCAAGCUGCCCAAGGGGCUGGGACGCCCGGGCAAGGGCCACUACUGGACCAUCGACCCGGCCAGUGAGUUCAUGUUCGAGGAGGGCUCGUUCCGCCGCAGACCCCGCGGUUUCAGGAGGAAAUGCCAAGCGUUGAAGCCCAUGUACAGCAUGAUGAACGGGCUCAGCUUCAACCACCUCCCCGAGAGCUACAGCUUCCAGGGCUCGGCCGGUGGGCUCUCCUGCCCCCCCAACAGCCUGUCCCUCGAAGGGGGCUUGGGGAUGAUGAACGGGCAUUUGUCCAGCAACGUGGAGGGGAUGGGCCUCGCGGGACACUCCGUGCCCCACCUGCCCGCUAACGGUGGGCACUCCUACAUGAGCAGCUGUACCGGCUCCUCGGCGGGGGACUACCCGCAUCACGAGAGCUCCGUGCCCGCCUCCCCGCUGCUCGCCGGCGGCGGCGUGAUGGAGCCCCACUCGGUUUACUCCAGCUCGGCCUCGGCGUGGGCUCCCUCCGCCUCGGCGGCCUUGAACACCGGCGCGUCCUACAUCAAGCAGCAGCCCCUCUCGCCCUGCAACCCCACGGCCAACCCGCUGUCCUCCAGCCUUUCCACGCACUCCCUCGACCAGCCCUACCUGCACCAGAACAGCCACAACACCGCCGAGCUGCAAGGCAUCCCGCGGUAUCACUCCCAGUCUCCGAGCAUGUGCGACAGAAAGGAAUUCGUCUUCUCUUUCAACGCCAUGGCCUCCUCCUCCAUGCAUUCAGCGGGCAGCGGCUCCUAUUACCACCAACAAGUGACAUACCAGGACAUCAAGCCGUGCGUUAUGUGAUAUGGGGCGGAAAAAACACCUCCUGGGGCCGGCAAGGCCUGACCCGGGCACCCAGUUCUCCCCAUCCAGGACCUUCUCGGAGGAGGAGGGGGUGUCUGCAGACUGGCUUUGUUCAGGAGGUAUAGCAGGAACCCCGGGGAGCGGCUCUGCAGCCCCGGGGCUGAUCCUGCCCCGCAGCUGAGCAUCGGCCGGACCCGCGGGUCCUCCAUCACACACGGUCUCUGCCUUCUUCUGCUUCUUCGCUUGGGGGUGGGUUGAGAGGAAAGCAAAACCAGCCCCCCGUUCCCUCUUCGAAAAGCCCGACUGCGAGUUUGGGUGAAGGGUUUGACAAAACGAAGUUUUGAUGCUUCUUGAAAGGAAAAAAACCAACCAAACAAAAAAAAACCCCAAAAACACCCUCCCCCCAAAAAAACCCGAAUAAUUAAAUUACUGAUUCAGUUUGGGAAUUGGUGUUGGGUGAUGCCACCAGCCCGGCUGGCAGGCUCAGAGCCGGAUUGGGCUGGGGGGGGAGCUGGAAAGGACGCUGACCCCAGAGCCUGCGCAUCCCGCGGCUCCUGCGCGCUGCACCGCGGGGAGGAGCGGCUCCCCCGGCCCCGCUGGUCCCGUCUUGCUUACAGCUCGUUCUUUACAGAAAUACCUUGGGUUUGGGCGGUUUUCUUUCUCUCUCCCCUUCUUUCUUUCUUCCUCUCUCCCCUUCUCUCUUUCUUUCUCUCCCCUUCUUUCUUUCUUUCUC